AUGAAUGUAACUAUAUCUGCUCGUAGCGAUGCUGAUCUGAUCGCUGAAUUGACCGUUAUUGGAAAACUAUUUGCGCGUUACAUGCUUCUGGUCAUGAUCAUUCUCAGUUCAGUUGGCAACGUACUGAACGUUCUCAUUUUUUCUCAAUCCAAACUGCGUUCGAACCCGUGUACUGUCUAUCUUCUGGCUGCUUCUUAUACCAAUCUCAUAUGGACUGUAGCAGCAGUUUGCUCACGGUUUCUCUCGACGUACAAUUUGGAUUUUUCUGCUCAAAUAAGUGGUCUAUGCAAGAUUCGUCAUUUUAUCUUCUUCAGCUUUUCAAGCAUCUCAGUGUGGAUGAUGACUCUAGCUACUUUUGACCGAUUUCUAAUUAGCAGUACAUCAACUAAAUAUCGGCAGUUUAGUUCUUUUCGCAAUACAUAUCGACUGAUUGGGAUCACAACAAUCAUAUUAUCUUUGAACUACGCGAAUCUAUUCUAUUGUGCCAACAUUAAAGGAACACCUCCAUCCUCAUCUUGCACAUCUAUCACCUCAACAGCAUGUGGUUUCUAUAAUGAAUUAUCGAGGAUCAUGACUUCGGCAAUUAUUCCAGGAAUAGUGAUCUUGGUGUUUGGUCUCGGGACCAUUCGACAUUUGAAACAAAUUCGAACUACUGUCACAACAACAACAGCACAGACACAAUCACAACAACGAAUGCGGAAAACGGACCAAGAACUCAUUCGGAUGUUGAUUGGCCAGAUCAUUCUAAUUUUCAUUUCGUGGAUUCCUCAUGCUGCAGAACGACUCUAUACUGUCAUAACUCUGUACGAUGUUAAAUCUCCACUUCGAACCACUCAAGACAACUUUUUGGACCAAAUAAUAUGGACUGAAACGACAUUGGACAGCUCACUCUCGUUCUAUGUCUACCUUUUCACAGGUGGAAUUCUGUUUCGAAAGACAUUUCGAGAAAUGUUUCGACGUGGAACGAUAACACCGACGAAUGAAAUGUCUCUUACCCAACGUCAAACAAGAAGUUGA